UGAUAAACGGACCGAGUGCGCCUCGGAUAGCCCCGUGAUUAUAUACUAUAAUACAGUGUCACGUCUGAAUCAUUAUGAUGGUGCGUUUCGGGACCUCACAAAUGAUUUUUAUCGUCGUAAGUUUACCGCGAAUAUAAUAUUAUUAUCACAUCGUACGAGAAAAAUUACAUACAGUAAAAUAUUAAUAAUAUCAUUUUAUUUUUGAUUUUUGGACAGAUGAUGUUAUUCGCCGAGAAUUGCAUACGUUUGGCCGAGUGUGACGAAGACAAAAAGUAAGCAUUCUUAAAGUAUAAUAAUUUAUUGCGGUCUUUGAAAACAAAAUUAUUACUAUACACGUACUCGUGUUUAGGUAAAAACGCCUACAAAACAUGGGGUUCGUGCAAAAACAAAACAUUACUAAUUAGUUUUUCGAAGCUCUUCAGGAAAAAAAUGCUCAAAAAUUACUAGUAUUAAACCAAGUCUGGGAAUUUCUAAUAUAAUUAUUCAAUGCGAACUUCAAUUACGAUUAUUUAUACAUCCGAAUUAUAACCAAAAAACAAAAUCGAAAAAUAAUACAGAAUUCGCUAUUGCGUUAAUUUUCUCGUUUUUCCCAUUUAUUAAGAAAACUACUAGGAAAAUAAACAAAAUAAUAACUUUCUCAAUAUAUUGCAUUUACAUAGUGUCUGUGGAAAAUGUUUCCAUCAGAACUCUUAUUCCAAUUUUUAAAUGUAACACAUUUAGGAGAAACGAAAAUACGACAAUAAAGGUUUGGUUAUUUUCGAUUUUAUUUUUCUGCUGUAAUUCGGUUAAAUAUUAUUGUAGAUAUUUGAAAUUUGAACAGAAUAUUUAUCUAUAAUAGCUUUUGCUAGACGUGGUUAAAUUGCCAAAAUAUUGUCGUGAUUUUUGAGCUAUGUAUUUGACAUUUUCGGAUUUUUUUAGUUUUUAUUUCGUUGCAGAAAAAAUUGUUUUGACCAAGCAUUUAUGCUUGACAAUUUUACACAAGGUUGAUCAUAAGUUGUAUAGUUUGUGGUACAAAAAAAUAUAUAAUUUUUUAAAAAAAAGUUGAACUUAAUGUAGUAGUUUUUUUUUAUAUAAACGUUUAAGUUCAUAUUUUUACGGACAUUUCAAAACAUGUUUCAUAGAACUUCACUCGGAAUGUAUUUCGUUAACAGGGAUUUAUUUUUACGCGCGGAUAUAAACUAAACAACUAAAAAUACAAUUUCUAACAAGACUACGUAUCACACAUGUAAGACUACAUGGAAUAUCAUACAAAUUAUUGUUGCGUUGUACGAAAACAUACACAAUAGUAUCGUUGGAUAAAAUUAUAUUAUCUUAUUCCGCGGGUAGUUUUUACUUUUUGUAUCAAUACCUGUCAUCCACCAGUAAUAGUACAGUUAAUUGUUUUGCAACGAAAACGGCAUGAGCAGAUUUCUAAUUUUCCGGGCGCCUAUAGCAUAUAAACAAUUAUGUAAAUCAUCCAGCAGACUAUUAAUAUCGUUCGUGUAAAUAGUUUUAAAAAGCUUACCUAUCUCACAUCGACUACUAGAUACACUGGGUACUUGUAAAUGUACAAUGUACAAUGUAGGUAUAUACUACCAUACGCGAUCGUGCGUUUGGAAACAUUUUUACAAAUUCAUUACGAAUUUCAAAUAGCGUAUUAUAAUCAUUCAUUGUGUAAAACGUAUAGUAUACCCAUUACUUACUUAGAUACAUCUAUACCUAAUUAUUGUUAACAUUGAAUACUUAUAUAUAUAUAUAUAUAUAUAUAUAUAUCGAAAAAUCGUGCGUUCCGGAGAUUCUAGAAACCUAUGUGAUUUGUUUUAUUUCCAGGUGUUUACUCAAAGCAUUUCUCGUAUAUUCAAGACAUAUUUCCGCUUAUACAAAUUCUGCUUCGCCUUUUUACCGUGCAUUUAUUUCAUACUUAUACUGCGUUUCUUUAUACAAUAAUAUUAAAAGAGAAAUUUAAAACUAUUUUAAAAAUAGAUAAUAUUUUAAUCGAAAGCGUUUAAAACAAGUGUGUGUGUGUGUGUGUGUGUUAUUUUUUCUAUAUACUUUAAACAGAUUGAAUUAUUUUAAUUGAAAAGCUGUCGCGGUCGUAGAGAAAAUAUCAGUUAUUGGAAUACUGAUAUAUACGCCAUAAAAAGUAAUACAUUACGAGAUUAUAGUUUUCGAUUAAAUAAAAGUGAAAACUUAUAGGUAUUUCAAAAUUAUAUAAUUAGUUCUAUAGGUAUGAAUACUAUUUGCAGUGGUGGAUCUCGCAGGGGAGGAGGGAUACUAUACAUAAAGCACAAAGUUUUGGGUUCCCGAUAUAAAAGUGUUACUAUUUUUUUCAAAUGUUUGUGAUCAGGAUUUUAGUCUGUGUAUUUGCUCUAAGAUUUACGUCAAAACCAUCAUCAUAUUUUAGUAAAAUACAGAAAAUCAAAAAGUUCUAUCUCGACAUAGGUAAUAAUAUAAAAUAUUAUAUUCACUAUAUUAAAAAUGUUGCCCUGAACCAUCGAAAGAUUUCCUAGACGGCACUGAUUGAUAAGGAGACCGAAAAAUGCAUACUUUUAAUUACCUAUACUAUAUUAAUUUACCUAUACAAAAUGCAAUAAAUAAAUAAUUCAAAACCAAAUUAACUAUAGCUAAGUAGCCUAAGUAUCAUCUGUUAUCAAUAACUUCGAAUAGUCUUGCAUAGUUAAGUAGAGUAUAAUUUUUUAUAAACCACGUUAUUACUAUUUUUAUUUGUAAAAUACACACAUUACAUUUAUUAAAAAAUAAAUAACAAAUGUACAUAAUAUGUACAAAAUAAACACAGAAAAAUAGGGAGGUAUAUUUUGAGACAAAAUCGAUGUUUAAUAGAACACAACACGCGACUUGAAUAAUUUCCGACAUGCGACAAAGUAUAAUAGUAUAAACUUAACCAACAUGUAAUUUUAUAAAAUGAUGACAAAUGCAAAUUGUAUCGAUUAUUUUGUUAUAAAAUAACGAUGUUUAGUUUUCAUUAGUACUGUUCGUUUUUCAGUACCGAGUACCUACUAUUUUUUCAAAAAAAAAAUUAUAAUCAAACAUGAUGAUUAUGGAUAAAUAUUCUUCAUCCUAGUUCAUCUAUGGAUUCUGUGAAUGAUAUUUUAAUCUUUAAUCGAUACAUUUUGCAGUUUUACUGGCGCUGAAUUAAAAGACUAUACAGAUUUAUUGUAAAUCGAUAAAGAUUUUUAAUUUUUUUAAUUUUACAUUGAUUAUGAUAUAAUCGGUGAUUUUAAAAAGCAUAUACUUUAAUUCCUAUAGCCCUAUAUUUCAAUGUUUUUUAACAUAGCAUUAAAAAUCUAUAAAAAUAUUUUAAGAACGUCUGACAAUUUUAUUACUAUUUACCAGUUUAUGGGUGAAAAAGCCUCUAUAUCAGCGUUCUCAUACUGUGGGUCGCGACCCACUGGCGAGUCCUAGGUCAUUUUUUGGUGGGCCGCGAAAAUUAUUUCACAUUAUAUAGACAUUUAUGUUUUUUAGAUUCUGAGCGGAGCGAGAAAUGUAUUAGAUUUUACAAUGGUGUUUAUUUAUUUAUUUUUUUUUUUUAUUUGUGAACAACUUUUCAACUUUUCUACCAGCAAUACCGCCACUUCGAUUUUUAGGUUUCUGAAAUCUAACCGGGGUACCUCUUUAAAUUUUUGAUUUUCCCAGCUGUUUUAAAACUACUUUUUGGAAAGUGAAACCAUGUGGGUCGCGGUCCUAAAAAUAUAAUAACAAUUUUCGAUCUAUAAAAAAGCUAAAAUGACGAAAUUGGUUCCAAACUCGUUUAAAAUUGUUGCGCUUUUACACCGUUUAACCAGUCUUGAAAAUAAUUUUCGUUUUAAAGAAAUUAUUACAUAACGCUUGCUGGAUGCACAUUUUUUAUGAAUUAUUACGCUCGUCUAUAACUACCCAGUCAUUUUUUUUUAUCGAGAUGUUGAAGUCAUAGAAAACAGCCGAUAAUUAUAUACAAUAUGGAUCACCGUCGAUCAGUCUUGGACAAUGAACAUUAUUAUGUAAAAAUUCGGGUGGAUGGGGAGCACUCAGCCGUUGUUGCAAAAAUACAAAAAGAACUAUACUUAGGUAUAAGUACAUCCGUGUAUUUCAAAUAAUAGUCGAAUUUUCGACACGUAACUGUUUCCAACGAUUUAAACGUUAUUCAAUCGCACAAUGGAUUUAUUGUUAAAUAAUUGAUAAUGAUUCAUAAAAAUUCGACUUAUAUUAAUUUACAUAGUUACCGAAAAUCCGAGAUUUCGGACACGCAGGUUCGAGUAUAUUUCGUAACGCAUAAUUAAAAAAUAAUAAUACAAAUCAAUAAUUUUCAAUGUGAUUUUCACGAUAGGCAGGUAUAUUUUUUAACACGUUUAUUAUCGAUGAAUAGUGCCAUUGUGGUUAAUAUUGGCUAUUGAUAACAUAAUAUUUAUAUCAUUCUUACAUUUUUUUGUUUAUAUGCGAGUGAUAAAAGUGAAAGUAUCAACAUAUUAAAAAUAAUAUCAAAAUUGUAAUUGGAAGUUGCUAUAUAUUGUUAUAAUAUUAUAAUCGUCUAGCACAUAUGUUAAUUUUAUAAAAGCGACUUCUCUGUUAUACCUACAUCCAGAAUGGAAACCCGGAUAAUACUUAUAUAUAGAUAUUAGUUGCACCUUGCAUGAUUGCAUGCUUAACUACUAACAAACGCAGUGACAAUUCAGGUGUAUUUAAGUAAUGUUUUUCAUUAAUUUUUCGUUUUUCUCCAAUUAUUUUAAUUUUAAUUUGAGGUUUCGAGUGUCAUUUCCUUUAGUACACUUGAUUGGUCAAUUUUUCAAUUUUCUUAGCACGAUCCUGUGAAUUUAUUGACUGCUAAUAUUGAUAUCUUCGGUUCAAAAGAGUCACAUAUUGGUGACAGUUUUAAUAUUAUCUAUUUUUUGGGACAGUAAUAAUAUUGGUUUUACUACAAUACGUGUGUUUUUUUUUUUUUUCUGCGGUCAGCUCAAUGCACGGUUUGGGAAACUUACAAUUUUCUAAUGCCCCCCCCCCCACCAUACCUUUCCUUAUCUAUCUUAGCAAUUAGUCCGAUUAUUUUUGUGCCUACAAAACUAAACGACUACAUAUCCUAUAAAUGAUAUACUCAGUGGCGCAUUUGAGAACCUUUUUUUUUUUUAUAGGAUGAAUUAACACAAUUUAGACGGCUAAAAAUCCACUUAAAUCAAACCAAGUCGAUCAAUAAUAUCAAUAAUAUAUUAGGUAUAGAAUUUGUGUGACAAUAGAAAUGAAAAUCUUCCUCUCCAUAAACACGCCACUGAAUAUGCUAUACACAAUAUUACUGUGACUAUAUGGUCUCACCAGUUUAGGUAAUAAAGGCCAAAUCAAAAACAUAUACAGAAUGAUUCACUAAGUGUACUCAUUCAAAUUUUUUUUUUUUUUUUUGUUUAAUUUUGCAUACAUUCAAAUUUCAAAAAUCAGAAUUUCAAUACACUUAAAAUUUAACCACAAAAAAAAAAAAGUUGAGUUGAGCACGCCUAGUGAAAAACCAUCCUGCACGGUACCAAAACGGCUAAAAAGGAAAAUAUGGAUAAAUGAAAUAACGUGAUUUGAAUAAUUUUGUCCGUGUCGCCAUUUUUCGCUGGUCAUUUCGGUAUAUUAUGGUCAUUUUUUUCCACCACUAUUAUUACCGACUACCGUACGCUCGUAGGUACAACAUCGCGCGGCCUGUCCGGUUAUUAUUAAAAUUAUUUUGUCACGCAUUGCCGACCAAUAUAUAUAUAAAUGAUAUUUCGUUUUGAAAAUUAUUGUUCGCCGUAAAAACGGUCGAAACAGUAAUAAAAAUCUAAUAUAGAUGUGUACACACAUACGCUCUGGUGUGCGGGGCGCGGCAGCGAGUGACGACACAAGCAUAGCAAAAUAGUAUACUGCGAGAACCGCUCGAACGCGUUUAAAAACGGCACGCGCGCGUGACCGGGUCGCCGUUUAUUGAUAAACGUUCGGCUUUGAAUCGACUUAUAUAAGACGAAAAUGUAUAAAUUGUCGUUUAUCGCGGGCCUGGUUAACAUGUCCCGUCGAAUUAUUAUAGUGUCGAGGGGGGGAAAAAAAAUACAUUGCGCUCCGCGGCUCUCGAACGAAUCGCGUACGCGUAAAAUCCGGCGGUAUGCCCGUAUACCUAUAUGGAAAUCCGUUUGUAUUCCAGGCGUCGUCGUCGAGGUGUAUACACCGCGUUUACAUCGUGUAACGCAUGCACGUUAAGUUGUUAUACGAUCGAAAAACUCGUAGCGCGUGUCGGUUUUUCGAUAAUGCUCGAGGCGGCUGCACACGGUUUUUUUUUUUUUUUUUCUGCGCAGUUACCGCGAUUGUACAUCGAUUGUAAUCGUAAAAACAAAUUAACAAAUUAACACAGUGUCGUACGCACAGAUGACAUAUAAUUUCAUGUUAUACGCAUGCCUGCCCACCAGCGGCUCCAAUGGGGAGGGGGGGAGGGAAGAGGGCAAAGUCGGUUCGACCCUCGCGGUGGAUAGGUAUACCGUAUUAUCGCCGUAUAUAGCGAUGUCUUAUCACGGCAAUGUCGUCGAAAUACUUAUUGUAGGUACUCACUUGUCCUCGGGUGAUGAGAAAAGAAAACUGAGCAAUUGACGAGCGACUAGUUAUAUUUGUUUUUUUUAUUAUUAUUAUCAAUAUCUAAGUAUGUUUUACUAUUAAAUAAACUAUAAAAGAUUUUUUUUUUUUUCUAUUGAUACAACUUUUAGAUGAUAAGAGUAUAAAAAAUAAGCCCGAUACACAUAUUUUGUACGGCGCGGCACGACACGACUCUGGUAUAGAAAGUUUUGUCGGUUUGUCGGUGUCGGAAUCACAGAUGUAUUGUACUAUAAAUACUAUAGACACCAGACUCCGUGCACAAAACCGUACAGAAUUACGAGCGCCAUUUGUCAUUCGAGCAAUGUUUACAAAUCCUUAUUAGUUUUAUACUGUCAUACUGAUCUUGUUACAGAUAAAUAUAAUAACCAUGCAUCUAACUAAGAUAGAAUAAUAUGAACUGACAACGGAUCUGCUAGUACAAUCUUACGGAUAUUUAAAGAAAAUUAGUUCAAACGUUAGAAGUUGAAUUUUUUAAUAUUUUGUUAACCGUGUGUCGUUAUCUUAUGCCAUUCUACCGGUUAAUACACAGCGUUUCGUGUUUUUAGUUUUACGAGUGGAGGAAACCCCUUCAAUGUCCAUUUUUAUCAUGGAAUCCCUACUUUGCUUCAAUAUUAUUAAUGCAAUAAAAAUAACAACUAUUUCAAACAAUAAUAAUAUUUAUUUGACAAAAAACAUACUUUCAAAAUUAACCAAAAGUUAUUAAAAUAACAGACUAACCGGACUUAUUAAUUUUAAUAAUGGCUUCGAUUUUUAUUAUUACAGAUAUACUUAAUAUGUUGCGGGCGUAUUUUCAAACUUAAGUUCAGGUAUACUUAUGACCGACGUCGGAAAUAUCGUACUCAGUAAUUUUAUAAGUAUAUUUAUUUAUUGUUGAAAAAUAUUCAAACACUUUUAAUUAAAUUUACAAUUCUACCUGACGUGAAAGUACUUGCAGAUGAUAAGUGGUGAGACUCGUCUGAAAAGGUGUUUUCGACUGCCGGUAUAUUAUAUCCCCUGGACCCCCCAGCUAGAUAUGCUUAGUCCGCGCUUUUCGACAAUUGUUGAGUAGUCGGACAAUAACCUCACGCAUAUGGCCCCCAAUAACCGGGUCUUGUUAAAUGCACACAUAGGUGUUAGAUCGGCUAUUGACGUCCGUGUUAUAUUAAUACUCCGAAUAUUCAAACGUACAUUUCUUACCAUAGCCGUUCGCAUUGCGGCGUGGUAAAUCACCUAUUAUUGUGCUGUAGCAAGUCCCACGCUUCACGCUAAAUAAUACGAUAUAUUUUUAGGGAGUGAGGCGACGCCCGUAACAAAUAUUAGGUAUCAUGGAUGAAAGUUGAAUUAUCGUGUCAGGUUCGACAUCAAGUCUGUUGCGGUAUUUCAUUUUCGUCGAUACAUAAGCUGAGAACCCGGUUCACAAAUACAAUCGAUUGCAUAUGGUAAAAGUGCCAACACGCAGGCCCGAUUAAGGGUUGUGGGAGCCGGGAGGCCUAUUAUAUUAAUAAAGGGACCUAUUAUAUUAAAAUUGAACAAAUAAUGAAAAAAAAAAAAAUCUAAAAUAUUCGAUUCGACUCAUAAUAUCGGCUUUGUAGGACUCUAUUUCUCGUUGGUCUCCUUUUGCCACCCCCCCUCUUAAUCCGGGGCUGCCAACAUGGCCUUUUAUGACAGACAACAGUUGAUGAUAUUCAUCUUUUAAACAGUAACAAAUUUUCAUACUACGACAACGUGGGCCAAAGAAUUUAUUAAAUGUGAAAUAUUAAUAAGUAUGGUAAUACGGGGUUUAUUUAUAAUCCACACAAUAAUGAAACGUGCAAUAUAUUUGAAAUAUUGUAAAAAAAAAAAAAACGCGACGGAAUGUGCCCAAAGAAAAUGUCAUGCAAGACGACGCUUGGGCUAAACGUGUAUAAACCACCGGACGAAAAACGCAGCGGAAUAUGCGACGGAAAAUGUAUAAUUUAACACUACACGAUCGAUCUACACAUCCAUCGAGUUUUGCAUUUGUGAUUCAAAAUUAACUCGAAAAUAAUAAUGACAAUAUUAACAGAUAAUUAUUGUAGAAAGGAGAUAAUGAUAUGAGAUAACAUUUGUACACGUGAAUAAAUGGGAUAUGGAUUGCAUUCGUUUCGCUAAAUAAAAUCAUUAUUGACGUUUAAUUACGUAAAUUCCGUCCGAUCACACGAAAUACGUAAAAGUAAUUUAAAUGUAAUUUAAUCAAAUUUAAUUAAAAUUAAAUGAAAUGAUUUUUUGAGAAAUACAAAAGCGGUAAUGGUUUAUCAGACUAAUGGAUUAAUUUAGUAUUUUAAGGAAAAUUGCGUUUCUAUUAUUAAUUAUAUUUUAUACUACCACCGUCAGUGCUGAACGGUUUGUCCGUGUCAGCGGGUAGAACGGAAAAAAUGCGUUUCCCCGUGACUCACAAUCGCCGUCGUCCUUAUCACUGGAAUUAACCGGUGUAGCCAGUAAAUGUUUAAAAAUUAAUUUACUUGUCCGUGACACAACCAAACUAUUAACUAAUUGGUAACGCCUUCUUUUUUUUCCAUCGGUAUCACCAAGGUACUACUAACAAAUGGACAAAAAUUAAAUUUUCGUACCGAAAAAAAAGUAUAAAAAGCAGACAGCGACAUUCCUCUUGUUUUGAACGUAAAGUGUGGGCAACGUUUCAUCCAGAUUGGAACAAAAUUGUAGAUUUGUAUAUAAGAGUAAAAAAUCAACGUGCGAUAUUUGUAUUGAAAAUUAUUUAUUGACCUUUUAUUUAAAAAUAAUAUAAUAUAUUAUUAGAAAAAUAUGCUGUCGUAUGACGCGCCUGCUCAUAUGACUAGAGCAGCGCGCCUGUUGAAAGGUUAGAACAUUUCUUGAAUUUUUACAUUGGUUGAACCAAAAUAAAAUGAUAGUCAAUAUCACAGAUAUUACAUAAUGGCCGAAACGUGAAAGGUUCGUUUUGGCUGAAAUAUGUAUCCCACGCCUUUGUCUAAACGAGGCAAAUAUUGUCUGACAGUUUUCGAGGCAAUGUACACGUUUUCGAGACUUUUUAUAAUUUAAUGUAGAUAAAUUGUUUUGGCCAAACAGAAACGAUUAAAUAAUCAGUUUUGUUGAAAUUUAAACUUCCCGUAACCCUGAAGUAAUUUUAAUAGGUUUUUUUUUUUUUUUUUUUAAAUAAUAAAAUGUAUGAAAAUCGUAAAUACCGCGCUAUUUCAAAACACGUUUAACCGAACUUCGUUCUGAAUCGUUUUCCCUUAGCAAUGAUUUAUCUUCAUGUAAACAGAUAUAAAUUAUAUUACUCUAUAUAUAUAUAUAUAUGUGUGUAUAAUAUGUCCUACUUUCUAAACUUUUCACUUAAAACAAUUGCUUGCUCAUUUCACCACCUAUACCGGUGUGUAUUUGGGACGUCUUUUAGAUUCCGAGUGUAAUAACUUUUACAGGGAUUUUUUUUUAUUUCUGGUUUUUCGGUUUUUGGCGAGUAAAAAUUAACGCUAUACCUUAGAAAACGCGCAAUUUUCGUCCGGCGAUACUUUUAUUGAAAACACUUUUCAACGAAAUUUCCAAACAAUUCUCCCAUAUAUUUUACACACACACACACCCCUGUUAAUUUCGACGAUUUUCACAGGAUCAUAAUCUACGUACCAAGACGCGUCAAGACAAUCCACCAUCACCACCAUCACGUGGUGCUGAUGGACCCGAAAAAGAAGACCAUGACGGCCGCGGUGCCGUACUCCGAGAAAUCGUCGUCGGACGAAGACGAGCACAACUCGCUGGACCAGGCCCGGCAGACAUUGGCCCGGGCCCGGCAGCAACAAUUCGCCCAUUACCACGAGCACUUGCGCCACACGCAACAGCGCCGCCAGCUCCUCCAGAAAUCCGCGCACCUGCGACCGCCGAUGCCCUUUGACCGGCGGCGGAAAUCGUUUCCGAUCGGACCCCUGCCUCUGACCCCGGGCCGAUUGCCGCCGCCCAACAGGGAAGUCAUCGCUAGGGUGUACAAAUACAACGAUGAUUAUUAA